AUGGGUAAAAAGAACAGAAGAGAUGACGACUAUCUGAACACACUGCUUGGAUCCGCAGACAAAGGGAACAAGGAAAGGCGCAAGGACCCGGAGGACUCAGAAGAGAUAGGGAAGUCUGUGAGUAAGAUGAGCGUAGGUGAGGCCCAAAAAAGCUCUAAGCAUAAUGAGAGGGAAACAGGAACAAGGUUGAACAAUCGAGAGAAGCCUUCUGAGUUUAAAAGCCCGAUAUGUUGUAUUUUGGGGCAUGUUGAUACAGGCAAAACCAAGCUCCUUGAUAAGCUAAGGGAAUCGAAUGUCCAGGAGGAAGAAGCUGGGGGAAUAACGCAGCAAAUUGGAGCUACAUUUUUUCCGGUGUCGGAACUGUUCAGGAAAUGUGGAAAGCGAGAGUCUAAGCUUCCGGGAAUUCUGGUUAUUGACACGCCUGGGCACGAGUCUUUUGCCAAUCUAAGGACACGUGGCUCUUCGCUUUGUAACCUUGCAAUACUAGUGGUGGACAUAGUCCAUGGGAUCGAGGCUCAAACACUGGAAAGCAUAGAGCUUCUCAGGAAACGUAGAACGCCCUUUGUGGUUGCUCUCAACAAGAUAGAUAGGCUUUACGGAUGGAAAUCCACUCCGUUUGGAGGAAUCAAAGAAAUACUUAAAAAGCAGUCGAAGGCAACCAUCAAUGACUUCAAGAAGAGACUUGAUAACACAGUUGUGGCAUUUGCAGAGAUGGGGCUGAAUGCAAAGCUGUUUUAUGAAAAUACGGACCAGAAAAGAUUUGUCUCGCUGGUUCCCACAUCUGCAAUCUCUGGUGAGGGAAUUCCUGAUUUAAUAUCUCUGAUACUGGAGCUGUCUGAAAAGUAUAUGGGAUCGAAGAUGAAGAUCAAGAACGAGGUUGAGUGCACUAUUCUAGAAGUCAAGAAUGCCGAGGGCUUUGGCGUAACCAUAGAUGCCAUUCUAAGCAAUGGGAUGCUGAAGGAAGGUGACAGAAUUGGCGUUUGCGGAUUCAACGGACCCAUAGUCACAACAAUCAAGGCCUUACUUAUGCCACAGCCCUUGAAGGAGCUGAGAGUAAAGAGCCAGUACAUUAUGGUGAAAGAGGUGAGGGCCAGCCUGGGAAUUAAGAUUGCAGCCGGUGGCCUUGAGAAGGCAAUAGCAGGAAGCCGCGUGCUGAUUGUAGAGGACAACGAAGAGGAGGUAAAGAGGGCGCUUGAGACGGAUCUGGAGUCGGUUUUCUCGUCCAUAGAGCUUAGCCAGGAGGGAGUGCACGUUGUCUCAAGCACACUUGGGUCACUGGAGGCCUUAAUUUCCUUUCUGAAGACUUCAAAAAUUCCAAUUUUGGGAGCAAGCAUCGGAACAGUAAAGAAAAAGGACAUGAUCAUUGUGGCGUCUAUGGCGAAAAAGCACAAGGAGUAUGCAGCAAUUCUCUGCUUUGAUGUGGUGUUGGAGAAAGAGAUAAGGGACAUGGCGUCUUCUAUGAAAGUAAGGGUGUUUGAGGCAAAAACCAUCUACCAUCUCCUCGACUCAUAUCUAAAGUUCGUUGACGAAGAAAAAGAAAAAGACAAGAAGAUGUACAUGGACCAGGCAGUGUUCCCGGUAGAGCUGUCCAUUGUUCCAAAGUGUAUCUUCAAUUCCAGAAGCCCGUUGGUGGUUGGUGUUCACGUGCAGGAGGGUAUCCUAAAGAUAGGAACGCCUUUGUGUGUGUUUAAAGAAGGGGAAACUACUAGACUUGGAGUAGUGACCUCCAUUGAAAACAACAAGGAGGCGGCCAAGGAGGCUGUUAAGGGCCAAAAGGUGGCUAUUAAGAUCGAAGCAAAGCCUAAUCUACCUCCAAGGAUGUUUGGAAGACAUUUUGGGCAAGAUGACAUUCUAUAUUCAUUGGUUACAAGGGAGUCUAUCAGCGUUCUGAAGAAGCAUUUUUCCAGUGAGCUAACCGAGGACCUUAUAAGGUUACUGAAUAAGCUAGAAAAUAAAUUUGGUGUUUUCUAUUUGCUUUAG